AUGGUAUGUGAUGCAUAUAAUGUCCCUUCUAUGAAUGAUAUGAACAAUGAAUUAAAUGAGAAUGAAGAGCCUAAUGUGCAUGCCAAAAGGUUCUACGACUUAUUAAAGGAUGCAGAGACAGAACUUUAUCCAGGUUGUGAGAAGAUGUCAAAAUUGUCUUUUAUUGUAAAAUUGCUUCAAUUAAAGUGUCUUAACCAUUGGAGCAACAAAUCUAUGGAUGCAUUGUUGGCCCUAUUAAAAGAUGUUCUUCCAGAAGGGGCUUUAGUGCCAAAUUCAUUCUAUGAAGCUAAGAAGAUAAUUCGUGAUUUGGGUUUAGAUUACCAUAAAAUUGAUGCUUGUGGAAAUGAUUGCAUAUUAUACUGGGGGGAACAUGCAAAUGAAGAAUCAUGUCCUAAGUGCAAGAUGCCUAGAUGGAAGUUGAACAGGCAAAAAGGAAAAAAAAUUUCCCAGAAAGUCUUAAGGCAUUUUUCGAUAACACCUAGGUUACAAAGGCUUUAUAUGGCAAGAGACACUGCCAAAGAAAUGAGGUGGCAUAAGGAGAAGCAUACAAAUGAUGGUGUAUUGAGACAUCCAGCUGACUCUCUUGUUUGGCAACACUUUGACCAACAAUACCCUAGCUUUUCUAUUGAUCCAAGAAGUGUUAGAUUAGGUUUGGCAAGUGAUGGAUUUCAACCUUUUGGAAAUAUGAGUGCCAAUCAUAGUAUUUGGCCUGUAGUUUUGGUACCAUAUAAUUUGCCACCAUGGCUUUGCAUGAAAAGUCCAUACUUUAUGAUGACACUUCUUAUUCUUGGUCCAAAGUGUCCAGGUAAUGAAAUAGAUGUUUACUUACAACCAAUGAUUGAGGAGCUGAAACAAUUGUGGGAAGUAGGGGUGCAAACAUAUGAUGCAUUUUCUGAAUCAAAUUUUAUUAUGUAUGCAGCAGUGUUGUGGACAAUAAACGAUUUUCACGCAUAUGGAAAUCUUUCGGGAUGGUCAACUAAAGGCAAGUUUACAUGCCCUUGUUGUCACAAAGACACGCAUUGCAUUUCAUUAAGGAGCAAGUUAUCUUACAUGGGUCAUAGGCGUUUUCGUCCACAAAAUCACCCGUGGCGUAAAGAUGCAAAAUCAUUUGAUGGAAAAGAAGAACUCAGAGCUCCACCAAUUCCAUUAACUGGAGAUGAAGCACUUAUGCAAUUAGAACAAUUGGGUAAUAUAUCAUUUGGAAAAGGCCAAAAACGAAAGCGCCCUACAGAUAGUAAGGCUUAUAAUUGGAGGAAAAGAAGCAUUUUUUUCCAACUGCCUUAUUGGAAAAAUUUGUUGAUACGGCAUAAUCUUGAUGUAAUGCAUAUAGAAAGAAAUGUUUCUGAUAAUCUUGUAUCGACAGUGAUGGAUUUACUUGGAAAGACAAAGGACACAUUAAAAAGUAGGUAUGAUCUGGUGGAUUUGGGCAUUAGGAGUAAUUUACACCCGAUUAAGAAUGGUAAUGAUGUUUAUAAGCCUCCUGCUCCUUAUACGUUAUCCUCUGAAAAGAAACAAUUCCUUUGCAAAUUCUUGGCUAACUUAAAAGUACCUGAUGCUUUUGCAUCUAAUAUCUCAAGGUGUGUCAACAUUCAUGAGUGA